GGAAAUUGGGGUUUACAGAGCGAACCUGAACGCAGCACUUCGGCUUUUAUUUUGAGGAGACAACGACCGACUCCAAGCACCGACGGUUACCGGAGCAUCGCCGCCUCUACCGGCCGCUCAGCCGCUGCUCUGUGGACACCAGAACCGGCCCGACCUGCCGCCGUUCUCCGUUCUGUUCCCCGGUAAUCUAACUCGCGGUCGUCGUGCUUUUUCCCGCCGCUCGGGAUGACGAGCUACUCGGCGUUUCACUCCCAGCUGACGUCCAUCAUGGAGGCGCUGACCAGAGCGGCGGUGGCCGAGAUCAGCGAGCUGGUGGACGACAGCUACGCCGUCCUGCAGCUGGAGAUCAGCCGCAGCCGCAAGGAGAACGAGUCGCUGCGGAGGAAGCUGGAGCUCAUCGAGUCCAUCAUCGCCCGGGGUCACCGGGGGAGCGCCGCCGUGCUGGACUACGGCGGCCCGGUGGAGGCGGAGGAGGGCGGCGGGGGGCUGCUGGACUUUACCGUGGAACGUGUCUUACCGGCUGCACUGAGCUCCAAGCAGCCGAAAGCCUCCAACCUCAUCAGAUGUGGAAGAGUUCUGUUGCUGGAGUCGACUCCUGCAGCCACGGAGGAUCCUCCGACGGCAGCUUCAGAGCAGCUGGACAAUCAGGACGUUGUCAUGAUAAAAGAGGAAGUGACGAAAGAGGAAGUGGACGAAAACGUCGACGGAGACGAGCUGCUGCUGAACGAAGACGGAAGUGAAGCGCCACCGUCGGCUGCAGACGACAGUGAAGAAGGACCAUCUGGGAUGUCCAUCUCCUCUGACAUCCGGCCGUGGGACCAGAACGGUACCGGACUGUCGGAGCGCCUCGGGCACCAGGACUCCCAUAGUGCACCGGGUUCUCCGGGUCCUGCGGGCGCCGCUGAAAGCAGCUCUUCAGACGUCGUGUUCGAGUUGGCCUCGGAGUCGGACUGCGAGGCUCCGUCUGCAGCACAGACCAGGAAGCCGUUCCUGCUCGGGUCGGGAGGAAACCCCUCAGAGAUGAAGCGAGGCCUGAUUGGUUCCCUUCCCUACGACUCCGAGCUGGACCUGUGCUCCUCGUGGACCAAUCAGGGCCUCCCCAGCAUGGUGCCUCACCGGCCGUACCUGAAACCCGACCACCGGCCGGCGCUCCUGGAAAAACCGACCGACAUGAGCGCCGCCAGUUUUCCCCUGGCGCUGGCCCUGGGCGGAUCCCGACUGGACCCUCUGGACGUCAGCAGGUACUGCAGGGACCGGCGCUUCGUCUGCAGCUACUGCGGUAAAUGCUUCACGUCGUCCCGCAGCCUCGAGACACAUGUCCGCGUUCACACCGGCGAGAGACCGUACAGCUGCGCUCAGUGCGGGAAACGCUUCACACAGUCGGGUCACCUGAAGACGCACCAGAGCGUCCACACCGGGGAGCGACCGUUCGCCUGCGAGCACUGCGGGAAAAGAUUCGCCGGAAAACAGAACCUGAGGAUCCACCAGCAGAAACACCACACGGCUGAACAGGCGGCGGCUCCAGUUUAGUUUAACAAACACUAAAAGGCCUGAACACUGUGCAGAGACCAGCCGGAACACACAGACUGCAGAAAUAUCAGCCCUGCUGGAAGUCAAACCUUUAAGGACAAGAAAUUACCAAAAAAAAUAGGAUUCUUUCAUGUCAAAGUGAAAACAGAUUUCUACAAAGUAAUAUCAGUGAAAAAAUGUAAAAUCAUCCUUUCUAAGGGACAAGUUCUACAUAGAAGUCAGUCAGAAAAUGGAUGAUCUGAGGUCAGUGAUUGGAGAAUAAAGACUCCUGGAUCUGAAGGUUCGGUCUCUGGUGGAUCAGAACUCCUGGAUAGAAUGACACCAUGAAGACUGAAGAACCAAUAAACUCUGAGGAAAGGUUGUUGAAAAGCAUCAGUCAGGACGAUACAAGAACAUUUAAAGUUCCUGAAGAUCUCCUGGAGUCCAGUUAAAUCCAUCAUUAAGAAAUGGAAGGAAGAUGGAACAUGAAUAAAUCUGACUAGAGCAGGACGUCCUCAAGACCUGAGAGACUAGAGAGGGAGGCCACCAAGACUCCUAUGACUCCUCUGAAGGAGAAAAAGACUAGAGAGGGAGGCCACCAAGACUCCUAUGACUCCUCUGAAGGAGAAAGAGACUAGGGAGGGAGGCCAAAUUACACCAACACCAAAGCAUGGCAGUGGUGGCAGCAUCAUGAUGUGAAGCAUGGUGGUGGCAGCAUCAUGAUGUGAAGCAUGGUGGUGGCAGCAUCAUGGUGUGAAGCACGGUGGUGGCAGCAUCAUGAUGUGAAGCACGGUGGUGGCAGCAUCAUGAUGUGAAGCACGGUGGUGGCAGCAUCAUGAUGUGAAGCAUGGUGGUGGCAGCAUCAUGAUGUGAAGCACGGUGGUGGCAGCAUCAUGAUGUGAAGCACGGUGGUGGCAGCAUCAUGAUGUGAACCACGGUGGUGGCAGCAUCAUGGUGUUCCUCAGCAGCAGGUCCUGGAAGGCUGGUAAAGGUAGAGGGUAAAUGAAAUCCUGGAGGACAACCUGAUGCAGUCUGAAGAGAACUGAGACGUGGAGAAGAUCAGGUUUCCAUCCAGACGAUGAGUCAAAGCAAACAGACAAAGAUUCCUCAGAGAUGGUUUGAAGACAACAAGGUGGAAGUUCUGGAGGAGUCAGAGUCCAGACCUCCAUCCAGCUGAGAACUAGAGUCUGGACCUGAAAGGUUCUGUUGAUCAGGAUCCCUGAGGAACCUGACAGAGUUUAACAGAAGGUCCAGAUGUUCAGACUGAUGGAGACCAACAGGAACAAUGAUGGAACUGAAGGUUCUUCUACAGAAUACUGAACUUAAGGUGGUGAAUAAUUAUGCAGACACUCAAUUUAUUUGUUAUAUUUUUAAAUAAUUGACGUUAUUUUCUAGAAAUGUUUUCACUUUGACAUGAAAAAGUCUUUUUUUUUUGUUAAAUUCUCGUCAAAACGGGGGAAAACUUAGCAGGUGGGCGAGUUUUUAUGAACUCUGGAGUGACGAUCAGGACCUCACUGCUGUGACUGAAUGCUGUUUUUAAAGAGGUUUAACAGGAAAUCGGUGCUUUUACAUUAAAAAACUGAUGGAUAUCUCUGACUGUUGUAACUCUGUCAGGCCUUACUCAUUCUAACUGCCUCGGGAUUGAAGUAAAACGUUAAAAAAGACCAGAUCCACAUCGAUUGUUACCUCAGAAAGAACAUGGGCAUCGAGACUCGUAAGAAGCAUGAGAAUGUUAACUGGUUGGUGUGUAUCUGAAAUAAAAGUGUGCAAUCUGG